UGUGUUUUGUGUUGCUGUGGAGUGAAAACAGUUAUCAGUAGAGUCUCGUCUCAGACUCCCAUGUGGGCAGAUUAUCUCUAACAAAAGAUCUUCUGCGCAUCGCUUCUGCGCGGUUUCACCUCCGUUACUUUCCGCUUUAACUUCGGUUCUUCUCGGAGUUUAAUUAGUUUAGCGGGAGUUUGUUUGUUUGUUUGUGUGUGUGUGUGUGUGGUUCUGGCUUUGUGACCCAGUUUCCCUCCUUUUUCCCCCCCAAAGUGUUGCCGGGGUGACGCGGAGCUACGGAGCUGCGAGAUGCCGCUUCUCCACAGGAGAGCCUUCAUCCGGGAGAGACCCCCGGCCGACCUGCGGCCCGAGGAAGAGGUCUUUCUCUGUAAAAUCACACACGAAAUCUUCCGGAGCUACGAUGACUUCUUCGAGAGGACCAUCCUGUGUAACAGCCUGGUGUGGAGCUGUGCUCUGACGGGCCGGGCUGGCCUCACCUACCUGGAGGCGGUGGAGAGCGAGCAGCGGGCCAAGCAGAGCCUGCAGAGCUUCUCUCCGUCUCUGCUGCUGCCCGUGCUCCACCUGGCCGCGCUGAGCCGCCACGCCCGCCUCACGGAGCUCUGCGAGGACGUCUACGCCUUCGUCAAAGACCGCUUCUUCCCCGGAGAGACGGUGGACGUCGUCGGACGCAACGGGGCCAGACAUGUGUGUGAGAUCCUACAGGUUCACUCUCCUCACUCCAGUGCUAACGGAGCUCCAGCUGCUAACAAAGCGGCGGCCGCUAACGGCCACGCCAAACCAGCGGACGGCGACACCAUCGUCAUCAGCGACAGCGACGAGGAGAGCAAAGCCUUCCAGAGUCCCACGGCUAAGAGCAGCAGGAAGAAGAAGCCUCUGAACCCGUCGGUGUUUAAAUACUCCGUGAGGAUGAUGAAGGACGAACACAGCGAGCCGUUUACGGUGAAAGCCAAUCAGAUCAGUCGCAGGAAGAAGGCCAGCGUGUCCAAAGAGAGACUGAAGCUGCUGUUUAAACAACACUGUGAGCCUCAGAACGGGACCAUCACCCUCAAGGCCUCCACAGUGACGAAGCAUCGGCUGUCUGAACAGAGUUUCUCUCAGUUCUUCCCUGAUGACCCCCCCAUCUUCCCCUUCAGCCCCCCCGCUAAAGGUGGGGGCCGGGGCUCACCUGCACAGGCCAGCCCGUCCCUGCUGAGGGAGAAGCUGCUGCAGCAGAGAGAAAACAUGGAGCGCUCUCGUCUGAAGAAGGUGAAGAAAGAGAUGGAGGAGACGCAGGAGGCCAAGAGGAGAGACAGGGAGGAGAGGGAGAGACUGAAGGAGGAGCAGAGGAAGAGGUUUGAAGAGGAGAAACAGAAGAGGAGGGAGGAGAAGGAGCUCAGGAAGCUGGAGAAGGACAGAGAACGAGAGAAGCUGAAGGAGGAGAAGAAGAAGUACGCCGAGCGACUGAAGCUGUGGAGCAAACCCAGAGAAGACAUGGAGUGUGAAGACCUGAAGGACCUGCCCAGUCCGGUCCCGGUGCGGACUCGUCUCCCGGCCGAGCUGUUCGGUGAAGCUCUGAUGGUUCUGGAGUUCCUGCGGGCCUUCGGAGAAGUCUUCGACCUGAAGGACGAGUUCCCCGACGGAGUCUCUCUGGAGGUUCUGGAGGAGGCUCUGGUGGGUUCUGACCCAGAGGGUCCGCUGUGUGAGCUGCUGUUCUUCUUCCUGUCGGCCAUCUUUCAGGGUCUGGACGAGGAGCAGGAGGAGGUCGCUAAAGACCAGGCAGAAGACCUGUCAGAGGCUCUGGACGAUGACUCUGAUGCGACCCAGUCUGCUCUGGGCGCGGUGGCGGCGCUGGCGGCCGCCUGGUCCCCGCUGCACCAGGGCUGCAGUCUGAAGCAGCUGGACCUGGACAGCUGCACGCUGUCCGAGAUCCUGCGCCUGCACAUCCUGGCCUCUGGCGCCGACUGCAACCACGGCAACGCCAAGUUCCGCUACCAGAAGCAGGGCGGCUUCGCGCUGAUGGACGACCCGUGUGUGGAGCUGCGGGUAGCUGAGCCGGCGCUGUUGAAGAGACUGACGUGCACCGCCGUGUACGACCUGGCGCCAGGGGAGAAGCUGAGGAUCCUGCAGGCUCUGGUUGGGAAGCUGCUGACGCUGGCGUCCAGCAGAGAUGUGAUCGAGGACUGUGUGGAGGAGCAGAGAGCCGCCAGACAGGAACUGAGAGAAAUCAGAGCGGAGCAACACCGCCGAGACAGAGAGGAGGCCGCACACAGGGUUCGUCUCCGCAAAGAGGAGAAGCUGAGGGAGCAGGAGCUGAAGGGAGGAGCCCCAUCCAGCAGUGAGACUCCUCCAGAACAACACACUGAAGAAGACGAGGAGCAAAACUCUUCAUCCAUCAAAAAGACGAUGAACGCUGCAGACAGACAGACGGCCCCGUCCUGCCCCCCCGCCCCGUCCUGCCCCCCCGCCCCCGCCGCCCUGACUGCAGAGGAGCAGGAGAAAGAGCUGGAGAAGGUCACAGAGCUGCAGGAGAGGAUCCAGAAGGCCGCGGCGUGCACCUGCCUGCAGCCGCUGGGUCGAGACCGUCUGUACCGGCGGUACUGGCUGCUGCCCUCCGCCUCCGCGCUGCUCGUAGAGGACGACUGCUUCGGCCUGACGGAGGACAUGCUGCUGCCGUGCCCAAAACCUGCACCAGACGCCACCGCCAAGAUGGAGGACGAGGAGGACGUCAAGGAGGAGCCAGCUGAGGGGAGUGCCGGCUCAAGCCCCGCCCCCCUCCACACCUGUGGGCCGCCAGUCAAACGUCCCAACCAAUGGUCUUUCUACGCCUCGGUGGAGGAGGUGGAUCAGCUGAUCGAGGCUCUGAACCCCCGAGGUCACAGAGAGAGCAGCCUGAAGGAGGCGCUGCUGCAGGAGAGAGAGAGGCUGACUCAGCUGCUGGAGAGAGGAGCUGGCAACAAGUACACACACACAGAUGAUCCGGAGUCGUCCCGCUCUGUCCCACAAUGCACUGCUGCAGCUGAGACUGUGAUGGAGGGGAGACUGAGAGACCUGCUGCUGGACAUCGAGGACCGAAUACACCAGGGAACUCUGGGAACUCUGAAGGUGAUGGACAGACAGGUGUGGCGCUCGGCGCUGGAAGCAGGAAACUACGAGCUGCUGUGUUCUGACGGCAGAGAGAACGGAGGGAUGAACGGACGAGUGGACGCCAUGGAGGUGGACUCACCUGCCCAGCUGAGAGCCAGAGACAGGCUGCAGGAGCUGAAGUCUGACAGCAUGGCGGCGUGCAGCGGCAGCGGGACACCUCAGGUGGUCAGCAGCACGGUACGAGUCCUGGCUCAGGCCCUCGCUCACAUUGAGCAAGGCAUCGAGAGGCGUUUCCUCAAAGCUCCGCUGGGUGAUGAAGACUCAAAGAAAGAUCAGAAGACGAAGAAGAACAAGAAGAAAGACGAGGACCAGGCCAGUGAAGAUGGCAGUGACAGUGGUCGGGUCAGUAAGACGGUGUUGGAGCGAUGGAGGGAGUCUCUUCAGUCCUGCUCCAGUCUGUCUCAGGUGUUUGUUCACCUGUCCAGUCUGGAGCGAAGCGUCCUCUGGUCUCGCUCCAUCCUCAACGCUCGCUGUCGCAUCUGCCGACGCAAAGGAGACGCCGACAACAUGCUGCUGUGUGACGGCUGCGACCGCGGACACCACACCCACUGUCUCAGGCCGCGCCUCAAGUCGGUUCCAGAAGGAGACUGGUUCUGUCCAGACUGUCGACCCAAACAGAGAUCCAGCCGCCUGCCGUCACGUCAGCGCUCCUCUAUCGACGACGAGGAGGAGGAGGAGGAAGAGGAGGGAGACGGAGAACAGGAAGAGGAGGAGUCAGAAGAGGAAGAGGAGGAAUCGGAGGAAGAAGAGGAGUCAGAAGAGGAAGAAGAGGAAGUAGUGAGCACCAAGAAGAGCCAGGCCCCGCCUGCUAAAGGCAAGACUCAACAGGCCCCGCCCCCUAAAGGCAAGACUCAGACCACGCCCAAAGGUCAACAGGCCACGCCUAAGAACAGCACUGCUGCCUCUGCAGGGAAAAACUCCUCAGCCUCCAAGUCGUCGGGUAAGAAGGCCACGCCCCCCCCAGUGAAGGCCACCUCGUCUGCAGGUAAAGCUCCGCCGCGCUCCGGGAGUCGGAGCAGCGCCCGUCGGAGCAACGAGAUCCACAACGGAAACGCCAAAACCUCACCUGGUCAGAGCGAGAACCGCAAGAGACCUCCCACAGCCCCGCCCCCAGACGUGGCUCCGCCUCCCAAACCCCUCCGACCCGUCCUCCCCCCAGCAUCCUCGUCCUCGUCUUCGUCCAGCCGGCGCUCCUCCGGCCGUAACCAUGGCGUCCACGAGUUAUCAGCCUGUGAGCAGCUGGUAGUGGAGCUGGUCAGACACCCAGACAGCUGGCCCUUCAUGAAGCUGGUAUCCAGGACACAGGUCCCUGACUACUAUGACAUCGUCAAGAAGCCCAUCGCUCUCAGCACCAUCAGAGAGAAAGUCAACAACUGUGAAUAUCAGACAGCAGGUGAGUUUGUCUCUGACGUGGGCCUGAUGUUCGGUAACUGUCUCCAGUAUAACCCUCGUCACACCAACGAGGCGAAGGCCGGACUCCGCCUGCAGCAGUUCUUCCAAUCGGAGCUCAGCAGGCUCGGCCUAUCAGAGCGCAGCAGCCCGGCUCCGCCUGCCAAACGCACCCGAAACUGAACCAAACGCACCCUCUGACCUCACCGCCGUCCACUCUGCUGAUCGGUCCCUCCAGAUGACCUCUGACCCCUGCCGCCAGCAGCCAAUCCCAACAGGACUGCAGAGGUCAGAGGUCAGCUGGACCCUCCAGAGCUCCACCGAGCUUCUGGAAACCAGUUCUCAGUUACUGUGAGUUGAUGAAACUGUAGAUUCUCCUUUACUGCCUUUCACGGACAACAUGUAGCAGACAUUCCUGUGGUGCUGUAGGACCGUAGAGACAGAGACACCGUAGAGACAGACAGACAGUAGAGACAGAGACACCGUAGAGACAGAGACAGACCGUAGAGAGACCGUAGGGACAGACA